GAACAACAGGAUAAACACUGUGCUGAGGGGAUGCAGAGAGAAUGACGGGGAUGCAGAAUGAGUUUGGAGGAUACAGGAGGGGCUUUGUGGGGUGCAGGUGAGAGGAUGUCCAGACGAGGGUCACCUCAGGGACUGAGCCCCUCCUUAGUCUGCAGGCUUUAGACACACCAGUUCACAUCUCUGUAGUGUUAAUUGGUGAGUUAAUUGGUGAGUAACAUAAUCUAAUUAAGUGAUUAAAUGAUCAGCAGCGAAUUCACUAAUAACCACCCUGGUCAUUGCAUCCUGAUCCCUCUGUUAUUCCCUGUGUUGCACAGAAUUACUGAGCUUCAGUUAAUAACUUUUGAGCCAUCUGGAUCACAUACAGCUGCUACUGUGUUAUGGUCCUUCCCUCCGCCCUUGCAUACUGCCUGGGAUAUCCCUCCUGAUUUUUCCAUGGGGGUGUGGGGGCUCCAGAAGAAUAUGGGAGUGUGGUUGGGACAACAGUAUUGGGGCACCAGCCCCAGGUGCCCCAUGCUCACCCCCAUGCUGAUGGGAUCUGUUCCUCACCCGAGCCAGGUCCCGCUGGGUACCAGCACAUCCCUCCAACACAGGCAACCCAGCUCGCAGUUUCUCCCAGGGACUGCUGGCCUGGCCAUGCUCCCAUUUCCUCUGUGUCCCCUCUUGCUGACCCCAUGAGCACUCGUGUCUCCUCUGCAGGUACCAGGGCCAUGGCUCCUGUGGGGCCUCUGCUCUGGCUUGUGACUCCCUCUAGGCAGCUUCCAAGGACACCUGGGUGUCUCUGUGUGACCACUGAGGUCCCUGCUCUGUGUCUGCUCCUCUUAACUUGCCACACCAACACCAACUCUAUGUUUCCGUGCUGGAGGUUUGUUCCAUCAGUCUGACAGUUCAGUGCCAGAUCCCUCUGCUAUAGCCUGUGGGAGAGCAGUGAACCCCUUGGGAAAAGCCUCCAGCCCCAUGUCACCUGCCAGCCGCUGAACUUGGGUACAUUUAACAGCCAGCGGCAUCGCUCAGUUUAUUCCCACGGAGGUGUUUGUUCGUUUGGGGGUUGCUUGUGCAUGUGCUGCCCCAGUCAGGUUUUCCGAGGAGGCACCAGAGGGUCUGGCCCCAGGUCCUCGUGCCCUGGAUCCCUGAGUUCUGCUGGUGCAUGAUGAGGCUUGGCCGCAGGAACUGGCUGUUCCUGUCUGUAGGGUUGAAGGGAUGCUGUGUUCCUCUUUCUUUGCCACUUAUGGAAGCCAAACGCAGUACUGACCAUCAGUCAGUGUCACAAGCUGCAUACCUUGGCCCAGUGCCCUCCCCAUUCCUCAUUGCUCAGGAGCUUUUCACUCCCCAGUCCCUUCUCCUCAGUUGCUGGCUCUAGGCCAGCUGGUAGCAAACACAGCUCAUGGCAAACCCAAAACUCAGUUUACAUCAGCAGUUCUUGCUUUGCAGACACUACGUUAUUUUAUCCUUCUUGCCUUCAGAGGAAAGGUUUCUAUAUGUGGGAAUGUGUACUUUAGGAUUAACCUUUUUGGAAUUUGGUUAUUCAACACGGCUGAGAAUGCUCUCACCCAUCCCUUGCCAGCUGUGUCCUGCAGUGUGACAGCUCUGCUGUGUAACAGACAGGUGCUGGCCCAGCUCACCCCUUUGUAGCCCCUCUCUUACUGCUGGCUGUGGUCGCCAUCGCCCUCUCAGGCUGGAGCCCCUUUCCCGUUGCAGCACACCCUUCCCUGUCUCUGAGCUCUCAGUGUCUCUUUGCCUUGGUCCUCUGCUGAUUCCUCCUGUGGAAGGUGAAAAUGCUUCCCAGUGCUGUGCAUUAGCACAGCUGUUGGCUGUCUGGGCUGUCAUAUUGGUGCUCCCCAGACCACACAGGCCAAGCUGCUCCUCUCACUCCUACAGCCCCCACCAGCUCCUGCUUCUGCCCCAGCUCUGACAACUAAAGCCCCUAGUGGUCUGUCCCACUGCUCCCCAGUGACCCCUGGCUGUAACUGGGAUCUGGUGCUGGCAUCGCCCUACCACCGACGCUCGGCUUUUCCCUAUUCCUUCAGCAUCUCAAGCUCUGCCAGCCUGGAUGGUGCUGGGAACUGUGUCAUCCCAUGGCUGGCACUGCCUGUGCCCCCCAUCCCACGGUUGGCAGCACACAGGGAGACACAGUUUGCCCACGUAGGGAGGAUUCACACACCUUAGGGUGUGUCUCUGGAUCCUGCCCUCAUUUGUGCCCACCAUGGGAAACAUUUGUGCUGGCAGCUGGUGCCUCCCCGGGAUGAGCCCAGACUUGUCCCUGGUGGGAUCCCUCCUGUGCUUCGAGACUCGGGGCCAAACUGAUUGGUGCUGCUGGUUGCUGGCUCAGCAUGGCCCAAUGAGCUCUGCAAUCGAUCCCCUGCUCAUUGCACUGACUCAUAAAAAUAUUGAUCAAUCUGAAGUUGUGUCAUCGCUGCACAGCACACACAGACUCUUGUCUCACAUGUUGUGCCAUGCCUGCUGCAGCUCACCAAGCUGCAGGGCAUGGGGGCACCCUCCUUCCCUGCCCAACCUGAGCCCUGUGCCUCUGCUGCACCCCCCUGGCAUUGGGUGGUCAUGGGAGGCUGGGUCUGUGUCACUGGCAGCAGGAAGGGCUUGGUGGGGAGUGUGGGCAGGAGGCACGAGGGCUGGAGGCAGUGGCAUAUGGGGGUAUCUGUCUGUCUGUCCCUCUGUGUGUCCCUGCAGGCAUGGGCAGCUCGGCCACGGGACGCUGGAGUCGGAGCCGCAGCCACGGCUGGUGGAGGCGCUGGCCGGGGUGCCCAUGUGGGCAGUGGCAGCUGGCGGGUGGCAUUCGGCCAGCGUUAGUGAGGCAGGAGACCUGUACAUGUGGGGCUGGAACGAGUCAGGGCAGCUGGCUCUGCCCUCCAAAGCGCUGGUAGAGGAGCGGGCUCAGGAUGAUGUGUGCACAGGAAAUGCCAAGCUGGUGCCCCGCCAGGAGCAGUCAGCUGCCAAAGACACCCCAUUCAUCUCCAUCCAGGCAUUCCCAGCGCUGCUGGAUCUGCCACAGGACCUGGAGGUCAGUGGGGUCAGCUGUGGGUCCCGACACACAGCUGUUGUCACACGUGAGUGCCUGGUGGGGCUGGGGGCAGCACCCCUCGGGAGCCGCACCUGA